AUCGAUCAGGCAACAGGGAGUUCAGGUCCACGGACCACCCGAGGGGGCCACUCGACAGAUCUGGGGGUGGGCAAAGUUGAGGCGCUGUUUUCCAACAUAGUAAUUCCAAUCUCUUCUCCUCUCAUCAGGCAAUUUUAUGCCUGGUUCACAGUCACAGACUAAACGCAGCUUUCCUGUGUUUGGCACACAGCUCCCCACAUCUGCUUUGUCAGGUCGAUAAUCCUGUCUCACGUGGUCCCAGUUCUUCUUUAUAUUUGUUUCCCAGCUGGAACCGAUGUGAGGCCAGAUUCUCAGUGCACAGCUGGAUCAGAACAGAUAAAAUGGCUUUAAAGUUUGAAGCCGUGUGUCCUGAGGGCCUGUGUCCUGGUUGGAAUGUGACACUAAAAGGUGAACCAAGCCUAGAAGCAAAAAGGUUUGAAAUCAAUUUUGUAUGUGACAGUACUGAAGAAAUAGCAUUCCAUUUUAACCCACGCUUUACUGAGUCAUCGCUGGUGUGUAAUUCCUACCUGGCCAACAAGUGGGGUGAGGAGGAACGAGUCACAUCAUGUCCGCUUGAAGUUGAGGAACCAUUCCAGGUUGAUAUUUAUUCUGAUGAGGAAUAUUUUCACGUGUUGCUUGAUGGGACUGCUGUUUGUCAGUUCAAACAUCGCAUCGAGGAACUCAAUUCCAUCACCAAGGUGCAGGUGCUGCAUGAUAUCAAUGUUUCCUCAGUAGAACUUACCAAAAAACCCUUUUGGUAAUUGUUAUGGAAAAGCCAGCAAUGAAGAGAUGUUGACAUCAAACUAAACAGAGAUGUGGAAAGCCGGACCAUGGUUACCACAGUUUUUCAUAAAAAGGAAAAACUUUAUAAUGAACUGUCAAGUCUUAAUGAAAAAUUGUGUCGAAACAAGAUCCGAUUAUAUUGAUCCAUAAGACGACAGUGACCUACUUCAAAAGAUCAAAAAACUCCAAUGGCUUAGUUGCGUUGUUCACUGAAACCUUACACUUAAAUUUACGACUUGCACUGGCAUAACUAAAAUAUUCAAACAACAAACUGGGAUGGAGAGAAAAUAGCUCUUUUAGAGGUAGAGAAAAUGAAAUACAACAAGUUAUUAGUAAAAUAAUUGAUAGAGUUUGUGAAUUUGAUUACACGUUGAUCAUUGCACAUGUUGCUAUGAGAUUUUCUUUCACAUAUUAGUUAGAAACAGUUUCUUAUCAUUAUCUUAAAUGUGAUUCUUCACAGUAUGUUGUGUAUAAUAAUCAACAUGUAUCUCAAUAAUAUAAGGGAACAUUAUUGAUUUAAUUUUAACCCAUGUAGAGAUUAAAUUCAAUCAUGAGUGUGGAACUCAC